AUGGGACCCACGCUGAUGUUCCACAGUCUGGGUAUUCUCCUCUGUGGCUCCGUGCUCACUUUUGUCUACGGACGGGUCGAUGCUGAUGAUGUUCUCACGAAAGAGGAGCAAAUCUAUCUACUCGUCAGUGCCAAACGAAAGUGUGAGCGAGUCAUCAAGUCCAAACACAAGGUUGCCGAAGGCUUCUGCUUGCCCGAGUGGGACGGAAUCGUGUGCUGGCCCGAAGGAGCUCCUGGAAGGACCGUAUCCACCGCCUGCCCAGAAUACAUCUAUGACUUCAACCACAAAGGAUAUGCAUAUCGGCGCUGUGACAUGAAUGGAACCUGGGAGCUGGUGUCAAGCAACAACAAGACAUGGGCCAAUUACAGCGAAUGUGCAAAGUUCCUCAGUCACUACAACCAGAAUCAAGAGAGGGAGGUGUUUGAUCGUCUCUAUCUCAUCUACACCGUGGGCUAUUCCAUAUCACUGGGAUCCCUGAUGGUCGCCGUGGUUAUCCUGGGCUACUUCCGGCGAUUGCAUUGCACCAGGAAUUACAUUCACAUGCACCUGUUUGUGUCCUUCAUGCUAAGAGCAAUCAGUAUUUUUGUGAAGGACAUGGUGUUGUACUCAGGGGCAGCUCUGGAGGAGAUGGAACGGGUCACUGUGGAAGACCUCAAAUCCAUUACAGAAGCUCCUACAGCCAACAAAGCCCAGUUUAUUGGGUGUAAGGUGGCAGUCACUCUUUUCUUGUAUUUCCUGGCCACAAACUACUACUGGAUCUUGGUGGAAGGCCUGUACCUCCACAGUCUUAUCUUCAUGACCUUCUUCUCAGACAGGAAGUACCUCUGGGGGUUCACUCUGAUUGGAUGGGGGGUACCAGCUAUGUUUGUGACGGUUUGGGCCAGCGUGAGAGCAACACUAGCAGACACAGAGUGUUGGGAUUUGAGCGCCGGCAGUCUAAAAUGGAUAGUGCAGAUACCCAUACUCAUAGCCAUCGUGGUAAAUUUCAUAUUGUUUUUAAACAUCAUAAGAGUUUUGGCAACAAAGCUGAGAGAGACAAACGCUGGCAGAUGUGACACCAGACAACAGUACAGAAAGCUACUGAAGUCCACUCUGGUACUGAUGCCACUGUUUGGAGUGCAUUACAUCAUUUUCAUGGCCAUGCCAUACACAGAGGUCACUGGAAUACCCUGGCAAAUACAGAUGCACUACGAGAUGCUCUUCAACUCAUUCCAGGGAUUCUUCGUGGCCAUCAUAUAUUGUUUCUGCAAUGGGGAGGUCCAGGCUGAAAUUAAGAAGUCGUGGAGUCGCAGAACAUUAGCUUUGGACUUUAAGAGAAAGGCCAGGAGUGGCAGUAACACAUAUAGUUAUGGACCAAUGGUGUCACACACAAGUGUCACCAACGUGACGGCAAGAGGUCCACUUGCCCUUCACCUCACCACACGCCUGGGACCCGUUUCUGUCAAUGGUCACCGAAACCUCCCAGGCUACGUCAAGAACGGUUCUGUCUCCGAGAACUCCAUCCAGUCCUCUGGUCAGGAGGUGCACAUACCCGAAGAGGAGCAUUCCAAAGGAUGCCAGGAGGAGAAACCUGCCCCAGUGGUGGAGGAGGAGAGGGAAACAGUCAUGUGA